AUGAUACUUCUCUUUUUCUUCUUGCCUUUAUUUCCUAUUGUUGUCGUUGUUGUCGUUUUUAUGGUUAUUAUUUUUAUGUCUUUUUGUCUCUACAAAAGAGGGGAACUCCGCAUGGCUUCCUUGGACUCAUCUUUCAGGCUGGGCUGCUCGGACCCUGAAGCAACGCCCUCGUCACCACUGCGGCUUAUAGGAGGACAACAGCGGGGCAGCGUGGAGCCCCCAAUGCUUUUUCUGCAGCUCAGGCAUCUGAAAGCACAUGCAGCCGUACGUGUCAUUGAAACCGGGAACUACAAUGAUCAAGAACUUUCCUCGCCGUAUUCUUCACCGAAGAAGCCUCAGAAAUUUUCCUUAGGACGGUCGUUCCGCUCCGUAACCUCUUGUCUAGUCUCCAAAGUGGUGAUUCCAUCUCCAGAGGAACGGUACGUCGCUAUAGAGCAAACAUCAGAGCACACGGCGGCGUUUGUGGUGCGGUACCCGCAGAGGCGAGCACGUGCUGGGGGAGCGGCUGAAGAAAUUGGUGAUGUCAUACUGAGCUAUCCGCUCACAAAGUUGGUGGAUGUCUCUACCUUUUUUCUCCAUGAAAAGGGUUUUUUUACCUUUAAUACGCAGCCGGGGGCAUUUGAUUCUUCUCAUGCCGCAGAGAAUACUGUGAGGACGAAAAAAAAAGGGUCGAACGGUGCGAUCUUGUCAUCGUCGUCGUCGUCUUCGUCAUUCAGCCCAAAUGGGGAUGUUGGCUUGCAGCUGGUUUUCAAGGAACCGCACGUUUCUUCUCCACCGGCGAAGGAUAAUUUCCAAAGGGUCGAAAUGCAAUUUGCGUCGUCAAGAGAACGUGAUGUGUGGCUGCACUGCCUCGAGGAGUUUUACGCUUCAUUUCUGCUGGAUUCCGUUCGAACAGGCAGCGAGGUCUCUCUCACCGCUCCAGAGGUGAGGGGGCUCAUAGAAGAAAGCACGCGACUGAUGCAGCAGAAGCCAGCACCUGCUGUAAUUGAGCGCUAUAUCGAUUUUUUUCUUUUUUCUUCGUGUCCUGAGGAAGCUGAUGGAAAGCAAGAGGUGAGGAACAUCAACCCCAAGGACGUUCCAUGUGGGGGCAUUAUUCGCAUUGACCUCGGGGAUAAUCAAUUUGAGACCCGACGAUUUGCUUACAAGAAAAUCACAAAUCGUUCACAUUUGAGCAAUGGGAAUUUGGAGGAGGGGGAGGAGGAGUACCUCGUCAUUUGCCCAACCACCGUCUCGCAGCGCGUACGAAGAAUCCGCAAGCAAAAGGUGCCGACUAGGAAGCUGCGGGUCGUGGUGGAGGAAGAAGACUUUGGUAACACGUUUUUUCUUGAGCAGACGACAGAAGCCACGGAGGCACACAGGGACUCUAUCUUGAGUGUCUGCCAGAGCAAGUCCUGUAAAUUCCAUUCGGGAGUUGUGGUGUCAGCGCCACGUGGCAACAGUGACUUUGCCAUCACUGAAACAAUUGAACUUCAUACCAGUGGAUUUUCGGAACGUAAUCGAUGGCUUAGAUGGUUUGAAUUGGUGCUUGGGAAACCCGUCAUAUAUCUUUCUCGUCUCCGCGAGGAGAAAAAGACACUGGAGAUGAUCCUCAACCCACGCCAGAGGGCCUCAUCGCUCUGUCUGGAGUAUUCUUCCCCGCCUUUUACUGAUGACGGCUGA